AUGAUGCACCACUUCGCCAGCGCAGUGUACAAACGCGCCACCGAGGGCCAGCAGCCAAACGAUCUGCCCCCGUGGUCUGUUGCAGUCUUCCUCGCUGACUUCAUUGUCUUCCUUCCCGUCCUUCUCCUUUUGACCUACACCCUCCAGCAGGUCUACCCCAUCUUCACCAUCGUCGAGGAUGAGAACCCCCCGGCUUACGACCCGGUUAACCUCAACGAGGACGAAGCCGCCGAUGUUCCCGGCGUCGGCCCCAUCCCGUCCAAGGUCACCGGCGGCCGCCCCACCACCGUCACCUCCUCCCUCCGCUCCAUCAACCGCCUCCUGAUGGCCAACGGCGGCUGGCGCGCAAACUUCCGCGGCUUCUUCUGCAUGGUUGCCCAGGCUCUGGCCACUGGCGCCCUCUACGGCAUCUUCUCCGCCUUCCUCCCCAACAUCCUCGCCUCCGUCGCGACCCUCCUCGCCGCCCUGUCGCUCGUCCAGCUCAGCACCGCUUGGGUCCACAUCGUCAUCACUCCCCAGUCCCCUCUGCACUUCUGGUCUCGCCUCCCUCCCUUCAAGCGCACCUUCGAAGCCACCGCCCGCCCCGUCGCCGCCUUCUGGCUCGCCUCCCUGGUCGCCACCUGGGUCCCCAUCGCCGUCGGCUGGGCUCUCGGCCUCGACCUCCCCAACUUCCGCUUCGGCGCCCCCACGACCACCGUCCCCGGCACCGAGGGCAGCCCCAGCGACGCCUGGAAGAGCGUCGUCAUCACGCUCAUCAGCCUCGCGUUCCACGUUCUGGUCGUCAUCCCCGCCGAGGUCGUCCUCGUCCGUGUCCAGGCUUCGCUGCUCCCUGAGGAGGCCGACACCGUCAUCCCCUUCGACCGCUCCUUCGAGGGCAAGGUCGAGCCCCGCGUCGUCGGCGGCAAGGGCUAUGCCACCAUGGCCGUCGCCUGGGCCACCUACUCGCGCGCUGCCUGGAAGCGCCUUGUCAUCCUCUACGUCAAGAUCUUCGCCGUCUGCAUCGUGACCUUCCUUGUGAUGGCGGCCAUCGUUGUGCCUGAGGUUAUUCUCAUGAUGAAGGCUUCCAAGCACUAA